CUUAGCAACCAGACGCUCUUACCUGGAUACGGACUGAUGGCAAACACCAGCUGAAGCAAUCAGAGAUGUUCGUUGUUGCUUAAUCCCCCGUGGAAAAUAAUGUUGAUUUAGAUCUACGCUGACUUUGAUAUUAAAACUGUCCUCUGCGGCGCUUACACGGUUAAUAUUUACAGAGAAAGCGUCGGAGGCUAGCACAGCUAGCAUUUAUGCGUGGCGACAUUCACAGAGUUAUGUUGCCGAGUGAGAAGCAAAAGAAUCGCAUUGAGGAUGAGGAGGAGGUGGUUAAAAAACUGUGCAUGGCUAAUGGCGUGUCCUACGAAAAAAUUGCACAAGAGGGAAGCAGCAUCACUUCACUGGAGAUGUUUUUCUCUGGUUUCCCCCGCGUGGUUGGCCUCUCCUUCUUCCCAAGGCUGUGCCAGCUCACCAUAGUUGGCCAGAACAUACAGUGCAUUGAAGGACUUGAAUGCUGUCCUCUGCUUCAGGAGCUUUGGAUAGUCCAGUGCCAUCUGACAGAAAUAUCUGGACUGCAGAACUGUCUGCAGCUGGAGAAACUCUACCUUUAUGAGAAUAAAAUCUCUGAAAUAAAGAAUUUAGAAUUGCAGGUCCACCUAGAAGUCCUGUGGCUCAAUAGCAACUGCAUAACUAAGAUACAGGGGUUGGACACACUUCUAAACCUUAAAGAACUAAACCUUGCUGACAACAUUAUUGAAAAGAUCGGGCAUAGCCUUGAUCCUAAUGUCAACCUUCAGAAACUCAGUCUGUCUGGAAACAGGAUCAGCUCCUUUAAGGAGCUGGCCCAGCUUUCCCGUCUACCCCGUUUGAGCGAGUUAGCACUGAAAGACCCCACGUCGACCCCAAACCCGGUGUGUCUCCUUUCUAACUAUGACACACACAUUCUUUAUCACGUGCCAAGCCUCCAGCGACUCGACAUCUAUGACGUCUCCAGCAAGCAAAUCAAGGAAGCAGCUGAGUCUGCAGUGAAGAAAAAAAUGAUGUACUACAAUAUGCGUGUACGUACAGCUCAGAGGAACCUGGUAGAGGCUCGACUCAGUCUGACAGAGAGGAAGAAAACUCUUUCACAGUUACCUGAAGAAUGCAUCAGGACUCUCACUCAUGCCCUCAAGUGUCUUGAACGUGAGCUCUCCAUGGUGCCGGUUAGUUGCAAGAAGCCAGUCUGCAUGUCAGAGAACGCACCGGGAGGGCCGCCCCAGCUGGACAAAGGCUUAACAGAAAGAAAUGAAUCAGCCAGUGACAUCAGUGGGGAUCCAUCUAUGGAGCACAAAAUACUUGCUAAAAUUGAAGUGCUGAGGGAACGACUGAAACUAUGGACCAGGAGGCUGGAUGAGAUUGACUUCUGGUACGAGAGUGAUUUGGCCCAAGCCACAAGCAGGAAGGAAUAUACGGUGCAGUUCCUACUGAUGGAGCUAGAAAGUGUUGGAAAUAUCCGUUUGGAGGAGGGCUGCUCCACAGAUCUUUGGUUUAAAUCGUGUUGUGAACUCCUGCUUUCCUGCUUCUCUUCUCCAGACUACAAAAUAUAUGGCAUCACUGGCAUUAAGGUUAAUAGAGUCAUCCGCAUUCAAAACAGUGCAUUAAGGCUUUGCUUUGAGGACAAGCUGCAUAGUUUUCUAGCCAGUGAAGAUUUAUCUUCCCACAGGAAUUACAGACGUCAGCUGGAGUAUUUAUUCUAUGUAGCUGACCCUGAAAAAUGUGAGAAGGAUGAAACUUUGCAUAUUCUAGAGGAAGGCUUCAAAACAGCAGAGGAGGAACAGGCUAUGGAGAAAGAUGGUGCUAUACCUUUAUCCAAUAGCUUAAGUGUGAGCGAGCAGUCCAGAAUUGAGUAUGCACUUCGGCAGGCCCGCCAAGGUGAUACCAAGCGCAGCAUGGAUACGAUGCCCUUCAGGCACGGGCAGGUUAUUGUUUCCAAAGUGUUCGUGGGUAACAGCAUGCCUAUCCGAGAUGGAGAACCGGUUGACAGAAGCAAUUAUCCCCAAGUUUACUCUGUGUAUCGCAAUGUGGACGCAAAACAGAGAUCUGCAGUGAGUGAAGAAACACCCUGCUCCACCAAAACACACGCUGAGUGCAGCCCUUGCCGAAGGCAGUGGUUUGUGUUUGACUAUGAAUUUGUGCUGCCCGAGUACAUCAUAUAUUAUGAAUACAUCACCCAGGACAAAGACAAACCUACACUGCUGAGCCAUAGCACAGACAGAGAUCCUACACUUUCCAAUGAUAUUGCCCUGGACAAAGAAGUCCUCAUCAUGGAACCUGUACUGAAACCUCAGCCCAGAUUAUUGAGCUUCGAUGAUAAAAUUCUACUUAGUGUUGCCAGAGCCAACAUCCUCAGUCAAAUCACAGUGCUUAACCUUCAUGGCAACAGUCUCAGUAAAGUAAAGGAGAUUUCCAGCCUCACGGUUCUAAGGCAUCUUACCAUCAGCUUCAAUGAGUUCACCCAGCUUGAUGACAUUUCUUACAUGCCAAACCUUGAGUUUUUGGAUGCUAGCUUUAAUCACCUGGUGACUCUCGAAGGCCUGCGGGGGCUGGGGCAGCUCAAACAACUCGAUGUGCGCUGGAACAAGUUGACCAAGGCCAGAGAGGAUACAGCUGUGCUCAGUAAACACACACCUGCUCUGCUGAAACUGGACACCCGAUACAAUCCUUGGAACAGGCCAGAGGCAGUCAGGAUGACCAUACUAGGCCGUCUCACCACCCUCACGCACCUGGAUGAUGUGCUGGUAGCAGAGGAAGAGGCUGCAGAAGCUGUUCAGAAGUCUGCUGGCUCCAAAAUUAACCAGGCAUCUCUUCUGGCACAGUCUCGUACCGACAGUGGCCGUCCCCACAGUCUCAGUCUGCUGUCAACAGCCCAGCUCUUGUGUCAUUUGAGUCCAGCACCCUGGGGCCUCGGUAAAGAACUGGAGUCAGAUUGGAUGGCAAAGAUCACCACCUUGAACCUUGACAACCAGAGGAUUUCCAAGCUGAUCAAUCUGAGUAAGCUGGUGAACCUGCGCUGGGCCUCCUUUAAUGAUAACGAGAUCUCGAAAGUUGAGGGUCUUGACAACUGCCUGAAGCUGGAGGAGCUGUCCCUAAACAACAACAGCAUCAGCACGCUCAGUGGCCUCACACAACUGCAUUGCCUAAAUAAACUGAGUGUAGAUGGGAAUCAGCUAACCAGUCUGGAUGUCUCAGCUCUCGACCAGCUGUCCAACCUGUCUUUUUUGUCAGCUGAGAACAACUGUAUCUCUUCCCUUCAUGGCAUCCAGAGACUUCGGUCGCUUCUUGAACUCUACAUCGGCAGCAACCAGAUCUCUACAUCCAGAGACAUUUACUAUCUGAAAGGAUUGACAAAUCUCAUCAUUUUGGAUCUCUAUGGGAAUCUUUUAGUGGAGAAAUUGGAAAACUAUCGAAUACAUGUAGUGUUUCAUCUCCCCUUCCUCAAAGCUCUGGAUGGAAUUGCAGUGGAAGUCAGUGAGUGUGAAAGUGCAAAGAAUAUGUUUAUGGGAAGGCUAACCACUGACACCGUGGCAGAGAAGCUGGGUCACUCAAACUACACAGAAAUCGCACACCUAAACCUGCAAUCCUGCUCCAUUAGAAUAGUUGAUCUUUCGCCACCAGACCUCUUUUGUAACCUGCGUUGUAUCAACUUAGACCACAACAACCUCACAUCCUUCUCAGGCCUCAUUCACCUGCCCAACGUCAAAGCACUGUGUCUCAAUUACAACCACAUUGAGUCAGUUCUGCCCAGGCAGAAGCCCCAGGGGCAUUUGACAAGCAGACAGAUACUGUACAGCAAAGUCCCCUCCAGUGGCUACAGCCAGCAGAGCACAUCCAAAUCCAGCAGGGAUACUGGCUCCACUGGCAGCCUGGAGCCACUGAUGGGAAGCCUGGAGGUGCUUCAUUUGAGUCACAAUGGCAUCUCCAAUAUGGCCAAUCUGCAGCUCAGCAGGCUCACCAAUCUUAAAGCACUCUUUCUUGAAGGCAAUGAGAUCAGUCAAGUGGAAGGCUUGGAAGGGCUUCACCAGCUCAGAGAGCUUGUCUUGAACAAAAACCGGAUUAAAGCUCUGACCAAGAACUCUUUCACAGCCCAGACUGUCCUACUAGAACUGCACCUAGCAGAGAACCGGAUCCGGGAGCUGAACCAUCUCGAUCCCCUGACUGAGCUUCGCAAGCUCUUCCUCAACAAGAACAAGCUGCAGGACAUCGCAGAGCUUGAGAAAUUACAAGUUCUUCCCUCACUGGUAGAGCUCUCUGUUUUUGGCAAUCCUAUGGCACGUAAUUUUGAUCACAGACCAGCAGUGAUGCUGUGUCUGUCCCAGCUGCAGGUGCUAGAUGGAGUGGACAUCACUCUGGAGGAAAGGACCAGGAUUGAACUCACUAAUGCUGAUCCACCACCAUGCUCCCAUCAUCCUGAAGCUCCCGUUUCUACAAGUGAAAUUAACCUACCUGGACUGCUACCCCUCAUGCGCCACAACACCACUCUAAGAGUAAUGAGUGUAAGCGGAGGACCGCAGAAUGUGAUGCAUAUGCACAAUUUCCUGCAAAAUAAUGUGGACGAAGACCGUUACACAUACAAAACUAAAAAGCACAUGCAAGGCAAUUUUGCUCGAAGUGACCAAACUGAUAUUAACUUCAGACACAACCGAAGAACGGGAAACAGCUUUCCAACCACAGGUCACCUCCCUCAUGGGAACAGGCAGCAAGAACAACACAGCAGAUUCCCAAAUCGCAGUAAACCUCCACCCAUGUAGGAGCCAGAAGAGGUGGAACAAGAGGUUAACACAUGUGGCAGCUCUCACUGUGGUGUGUUUUUUAUGUUCUGAUGUGAAAUUAAAGACUUAAACAUGCUGC